AUGAUGCCUUGCUACAGGGCUAACCGAAAUAACGGAAUCCCAAGAUGCUUUGCGCUCGCGGAGCUUUGCCACAACCUGGUGGGCGUGUCCACUCCACAGGAAAGGGCGUGGUUAUAUUCAAGGUGGGGCAGGGCGCCCCUUGAUUCUCUGAGGCACGUGCGGCUAACGCUGUGCGGUGGAAGGAACGUGACGCCAGUAACGGUCGGUGCAGACAGGCACGCGCGAGGGGGAGGCGGGUUAGAAUGCGGGUCUGGAGAUAGCGUCUGCGCAUGCGCCGUUAAUAUAGCGGCAGGGGAUUCAAAAAUAGAUCUCUCUUACCGGUCGGAGUGUGUUCCUCACGCUGCUCUUCACAAUGGCGGCGCUUCUACAGCAGCCUGGGGAACCAGCAGGGUGUAAACCAGCCACCAAAUUUCGUUUUCACGUGACGAGCGAGGAGGGGGGGAAACCCUCCGAUACUCGCGCGAAGUGUGCCGGGAAACGUAGUUCCUUUUUACACUCUCGGUCCAUGUUGCUUUGACCGCGCAGCCUCCGAAUCCCGUCGUGCCUUGCGCUUUCUCGUCGCUCCGGCUCUUUGUAAUCAUAGAGACGAGACAAAGUCUCAAGGGCUCGUGCGCGCGCCCCCUAGUGUCCGACUUUGGCAUUGGCCUCGUUAAGUGAAGGAUAAAGGAAAGCGCGUCGCUUCUGCACCGAAUGAAUGGAGCGCGGGCGCGUCUGGCUCCCAUUGACCGGGGCGGGUUUGCAUGAGCAAUUUAACAUCGCGGUCGUUUGCGUGCUUACUCAGAAGUAAGUCCCACUGUGUUCAAUGGGCUUACUCCUCGGACAGUGUGCAUAGAGUGUGCGCUUUGCCUGGACCAACGUUUGCUGCAAUGCGGCUCCUCUUUUUGCUCCGCGCUCAGCAUUAUCAAGUGGUUUUUUAAUUUUAUUUUAAAGGGAACUCUGCAUUUCUGUUAAGCUGCUUUUCUUAUAAAUCAAACUCAAGGUAGCUUGAUAGAGAAAAACAUAUAAGCAUCGCAGCAAAAUUAAAACUCAAAACCAAGGCAGCUUACCAUCAAAAUAUAAAUCGUGACCAAAUUAAACAAGCAGUAGCAAAACAAAAGCGUUAUGUUGACCCAUGGGGCAUUUUAAAAACUCACAUUAGAUGCAGUGUUUACAUCUCCUUUUGUCGAGGGAGCCAUAUGAUUUGCAGCGUGUAGUGGGGGUAGGGAACUGGUGGCCGUGCUGAUAUUUCUGGACUACAAUUCCCAUCAUCUCUGAUCGUUGGUCAUACUCACUGGAGCUGAUGGGAGCUGGAAUCAGCCCCCCCCCCCCAAUCUGGUGAGCCACAGGCUCCCUACUCCUGAUGUACCCUAUUUUGCCUUGCUGGAAACCCCACAUGCUUUGGGAUCAUUUGUCGCACCCCUGUGUGAGGCUCAUUGGACAUGGGGAGCGUGUAACAUGGCAGCCUGUUCUGUGGUUCCAUGUACUGCACUGGGAUGCUGGUGAGACCAGUGUGUCAUACUGGAGAGAUCUUGCUCCCAUCUUACCUAUUGACAUCUAAGGCCAGGCUGCCUAGAUCUACACUUUGGUAUAUUGCAGGAAUUAGCUUUACAAAAAAUUGAGCUUGGUCAAGCUCCGCAGCAGGUAAAUCAACUACAUAGGUGGGAUUUUCUUUUGCCAAGGAUGGAAUCUGCUUAUACUGUAGUGCAAUCAGGGCUUGGGGUGGGACAUGCCUGGGCAAAUAAAACAGUAUUUCCUAGGAAAGCUAGAACCAGCAUCCAUCCAGGCAGCACUUGCUUCCUUGACUUCUCCUGCUUGUUCCUCUUGCCAGAUGGAUAUUCAGCGAUCCCUGGAACUCUUGCACAUGACUGUCUACUCCCAGAGCGUCUCACCAUGUGGCAAGUACUUGGCAGCCGGGAACAACUAUGGAGAGAUUGCCAUCUUCAGGUAAUUGGGCGCCUCUUAACACAGACUGUGCUCUAUUGGGAGAGGAAGGAAGUGUCUCUGCAUUUCCUCACACCUCUGUGUUUCUUCCUCUCCAGCCUUUCUGCAGCACUGAGUUCAGAGGCUAAGGAGGAGAGCAAGAAGCCAGUGGUGUCCUUUGUAGGUAGGUGAAAAAUACAGCCUCUACUGGAAUUGUUUUUAAGUUGCUUUUAUCGUUAUGUUGCCUGUUGUUGCUGCCCUGGGCUCUUUCGGGAAGGCUAACGGGAUAUAAACAAAUAACAACAACUGCAAGGAGUCCAGGAACUCCCAAGAUGCAUUGAGCAUUCAUUCCCAUGCCAACCUGCUUGUUUAUUACGGUUGGCCGUUUGUGGCAAUGCCAGGAGUUCCCAUAAAGCAGAUCCCCAGGCCCAGCGUCAGCAUGCAGCAUUGGCUGGGCUCCAGGAGAGCCUGUGUGGCUAAUGCUGGCAUCAAUCAAUCAAUCAAUCAAUCAAUCAAUCAAGGGCCUGGCCCUGAGAUGAGAAGCACUGGGCUGGGUGGCUCCACCUUCCACCCCAAAAAUGCCCCCAGCCUUUGGGCCCUUACAUGGGGCCUCUCCAUGUGUCAUAUUUAUUGUACAUUCAUGAUUAUUUGUGCUUAUGAUGGUAUCGGGACAGUUAUUCGCAGUCCUGCUUUCAAUAAUAAUAAUAAUUUAUUAUUUAUACCCCACCCAUCUGGCUAGGUUUCCCCAGCCACUCUGGGUGGCUUCCAACAGAAUAUUAAAAAACACAAGAAAUCAUCAAACAUUAAAAAUUUUCCUAAACAAGGCUGCCUUCAGAUUUUUUCUAAAAGUCAGAUAGUUUAUUUCCUUGACAUCUGAAGGGAGGACAUUCCACAGGGCAGGCGCCACUACCGAGAAGGCCCUCUGCCUGGUUCCCUGUAACCUCACUUCUCGCAGGGAGGGAACUGCCAGAAGGCCCUCGGAGCUGGACCUCAGUGUCCAGGCUGAACGAUGGGGGUGGAGACGCUCCUUCAGGUAUUCUGGGCUGAGGCCUUCUGUGAGGCAUCACAGAGGAACUAAUAAAGCAGAAUGAUGUGUGGAUGAUUGUAUAAACCAACCACCAACACACUAUUAUUGCGCCAAUGAUGCAUUGCAGGCUACACCUGAAAAAAACCCAACACCUCAGUCUGGAGGGGCCUGUGCAUCAGUGCCAUUAUUCAGUGCCACCGCCUGCCCCUGCCAUCCCUCUAAAGUGCCAAUCUGGAGACCCUGCCCCCACCUUAGCUGGGUGCCUGUGUGAUGAUUUGCCGUGUUGACAUACCUAACACGACUCCUUUAAUUUUAAGGGCCCUUCACUGAGUGGAGCAGUGGGCCGAGUGGUCACAGUGGCCUCUCCUUCUCACAGUCCUGCCCCUGCUGAUUGGUAAGCUAACCAAGGGAGGGGGCUCUCCCAGGACUGUCCUUGCCCCCAAGGCCCCCUUGAAUCUGGCCACGGGCUUGCAAGCCCUCUGCAAAUGAGAUGGAAAUAAAAUGCAUUCCUGGCAAGGUUAAACUUCAGGGUGGCAAGCUGGGGAUUUCCCAGAAUGCACUUCACCACUGCCAUGCCAAAAUCCAUCCAUUUCAGGUGCUUCUUCUUCCCACAGCUCACGAAGGUCCCGUCUAUGCCCUGGUUUCCACAGACCGGCAGCUGCUCAGUGCUGGCAAUGGGGAAGUCAAGGCCUGGAACUGGAGUGAGAUUGUGAAGAAGGUAAGGGCGGCUGGCUCAUCGGUUCCCCUCCCACGUUUCUCCCGACUUCCUUUUGACUGUGUUCCUCUUAACCUUCUUCUGCCCUCUGCCGCAGGGUUGCAAAGAAGCCUGGAGCAGGAGGCCGCCUUAUGGGUAUAACUUUGAUUUCCCCCUUUCACCAUUGCCAUCUUUUCUUCCUCUUUAUGCAUGUACAGAUGGCAAAAAUUCUCUCUUUGCUUUUCUGCUCAGGAGCAGCUUGGAGGUGCCAGAAAUCAACAGCCUUCAGCUGAACCUCAAGGUACAGGCGCAGCGCAAUAUGGGGAGGGUUUGGCAUGGUUCACUCAUCUGCCUCGGCCUCAUUCUUGCUGCUUCUCCCCCUUCCUCCUUCAGGAUAAUAGUCUUCUAAUGGCUGGGGGAGACUGUUCCAUUCACAUGAUGGAUCUGGAAUCUGGCGCCUUCACGGUGAGUCGUGCCUCUAGCAUCAUGGGGCUGAUGAAAUGCAGGGAGAGAGGAGGUUUAUUUAAGGCAACUCCUUCUCAUCUCCUACAGGGGCUUCUCUGCAUUAGAGUAUCCCAAAAUUGUUAUUAUAAACUGGAAAUAAAUCCUCUUAAUCUGUCAGAUUCUCAAUUUCCAAACUCCAAGGCUUUCCCCCUUGUUUAUGGUUAUUGAAAACUUAAUAAAAAUAGCUUUUCAGGAUUCUGUGUUGUUCUGCAACAGCAAUAGAGUAUCAUAAUAUAAUUUCUCAGUUAUUCUGUAGCAUAUCUCUGCAGCCUCCAGAAUGUGUCCUACCUCCAUCCACUGCAAGUCAUACUCUGUUUCGUCUCUCUCUGUCACAGCAUGAAUAUCAAGGCCACACCGAUUAUAUCCACUGCCUGGCCCUUCGAGACCAGCUCAGAGAGUGCCUGUCAGGGAGUGAGGAUGGCACCGUGCGCCUUUGGGGUGAGGAUCUGCAGCCUCCUUGCCGCCUGCUGUUUCUCUGAGAGAUCGUCUCCCCAUAUAAUCCCUGCCCCGUGCUUUAAAAUCAGUUGGGCAGAUCCCAUCUGCAUGUCCCAUCUCUGAAGGAAGCCAAAUCUGAACCCUGUCAGGGUAGGGCCUUCUCAGUGGUGGUGACCCCGCAGUCCUGAAACAGGCGUCUUGGUUACUUAUGUUCGCUGAUUUGAAUAUGACUCGGGCAACAUCCACACCAUACAUUUAAAGCGCUAUGAUACCUUUAACAGAUAUAAAAAACCCUGUGAACUGUAGUUGGUCAACAGUGCAGGAAACUGUAGCUAUGUGAAGUCAGCACUCUGAGCAAACCACAGUUCGCAGGAUUCUCCGUGACUGUUAAAAGUGGUAUCAUCCUGCUUUAAAUGUAUGCUGUGGAUGUAAGCCAUCUUUGGGUAUCAAUCUGUGCCUUUUAAACUUCUGUUCUCUGUUAUAUGGCUAAUGGUCGUAAGGUUUGUUUUAACUCUUGGAUUAUAUCUUAGAUUCCAUAUUUGUUUGCUCUUAGCAGUUUCUUGAAAAGCAGGGCGGAUGCCACUUACUUAAAGGUGAUUCAGGGAAUAUCUUCAGAAUGUUUGGGGACGAGCCAAUGCCACAGGGAUCCCACUGCUCCAUUUUCUUCCAAUCUCUUUAGAUGAUCAGUUGCUGACACCCCCUUUGGCUUGUUUUCUAGGACUGGGAUGGUGUAUAUGCAACAUAGUAAGCUGCCUAUACUGAGGCCUGUGGUCCAUCUAGCAACAUGUUGUCUAUGGUUAAUGGCAGGGGUUUCAGGUGGGGUCCCUCCCACCCCUUAGUAGAGAUGCUGAGGAUUGAACCAGGGUCUUUCUGAAUGCAAACAGAUGAUCUGCCACUGAGCUACAGUUGACUAGACAAACCAUGGACUUUAUUUCUCUCUCUUUGCAGAUUUACGUACUGGAGGUCAGGUUCAAUCAAUUGAAGUACAUAAAUAUGAGGUAAUGUAAUCAUCAUCAUCAACAACUUUAUUUUUAAUGUAAGAAGGCAUCAAACAAUAAUCAUAAAGGAAAACAAACAAUAAAAGAUUAGUUAUAAUAAAGCAAAAUUAAGUAUAUGACUGGAUAUUUUCCUGAGGUUUGUCAUUCCAAAACAUCAUAAACAAACUGUUGUUCCAUAGAUUAGGUUGGCUGUUGUUAUUUAUGCAUUCUCCUGUAAUAUGUCAGUUUAGAUAAUGGAGCUAUUAUAUUCCACGUUUUAUGAAACCACUCAGAUAAAUAGUGGUCUAAUUGACCACUAUACUGAUCUUAGCAGCAAUGAGAAAGAUUAAUAGCCCAUUUCAAAAUCACCAUCCAGGAUUAAACCCUUUUAGAUAACCUUAUGAGGUAUUGCAGUUUUAUCCCAUUUCCCUCUGCCCCAGGGAACACAGUGCCUUCCUAUCCCUCCACAUUCUUCCAUUCUCCAUCUAUCCAGAAAUUUUAAAAAUAAUUUACAAAGUAGAGAAAAAUAUGCAAACUAAGCUGCUGUUAUUAUCAAAGUGUUUGCAACUCCUCAAAACAACCCCUAAUAAAAACUAGGAACCUAUAUUAACGGGAGACAACCUCACACUUGCGAUCUCAUAUUUUAUUGAAGAAAAACCUUUGAGGAAAUGGAGCCCUUACUCAUUUUCGAUAACCAGCUUCACCACUUAACCAUUGCUUCCUUCGGCCACCUUCCCCUAAUGCUCCCCUCAACUCCCUUAGGAAUGCAACAGGCCGCAGAACGGGAAGUGGAUCCGUUGCCUGGCAACCGAGUCCGACUGGAUGGUGAGUUCAUUGACUCUUGGCUGCAGAAAGAGAACAGCUUAAAUAUCCCAAAAUUUAUUGAGCUGGAGUGCAGCAGUCUGGGAGGGAAGGAGGAGGUUGUUCACUGAGCCUUGCUGUUCUCGAAUGUCGCAUGGGACGUCCAGAGACGUUGGCUUCCCCUUUCUUUGGAGCUCCCUGUUCUGCCCCUAUUUUCUGAAACUGGCCUUGGAAGCAAGGGGGGCUGCUGACAUUUGCAAUGGACAAGUGUUUGGUGCACUGGGUCAGCAAAAGGGCUCUUGCAGAGAGCUUUUGUCAUCGGCAGGUUGUGGGUUCCCUAAGGCAGUCUUCCACUUUUUCAGAUCUGGGAUGGCCCUUUAACGUGAAUUUGAGGGACCCAUUUCUUAAUGUUUCCCUUAGGUUUGCAUGGUGGCUGCUGUUGUGACUCACCUUAGACCAGGCCCUGGCCCUAGUAUGGAGCGCCCUGACUUCCUGGUUUAAGAUCUCUCCAACCCUUUUCCUGUUUCUCCUUCCACAGGUGUGUGGUGGAGGCCCAGCGCUCACUCUGUGGCACCUGCGGUCCGUCACACCUACCACGAUAUUCCCCGUGCCCCAGUGUCAGCAACAAGUCAUGUUCUACCAGGACUUGGUGAGUCAUCCCCCCAGGGGUUGAGGGCCACAUAGCCUCCCAUCUCACUGGCUUCCUCAUUCCCUUGAUUCCUGCAUCUCUUCCCCCUGCUCCUUUGUUGUUAUUCCUUCAUCCAACCAGUCUUAUUUCCCCUUCCUUUGCUCUUCCCUUUUGUGCCAAAUUUUUUAUUCUUCAUAAAAAUGGUUUCAUUGCCACCCGCCAUAGCUGUCAACUUUCAGAUUUGAAAAUAAGGGAUCAGCAUCCUCGAAAAUAAGGGACCAGCAGCCUCAGCUAUCCCGGGGACAGUCUACGGGAUAUCUAACAAUCCGGGAUAGCAGCGGGAAAUGGCUCUGGAAUAAGGGAAUUUCCUGCAAAAAAAGGGAAGGUUGACAGCUAUUCAACCCGCCCUUUCACUCAGCGCCCUCUUUCCCUGAUGAUCUGUCUUCCGCAGAUUCUCUCGGCUGGCCACAGCCCCACCAUUAACCAUUUACAGAUCAGUGGGGAAGUGAAGGCACAAAUCCCUUGCAUCCCACGUUGCAUCCACUCUCUUUCCAUCAACGAACACUCGCCAGAGCACAAGGUAAGCUCCUGGGCGGCAGGAGGGAGGUAGGAGGGUGUCUGGCCUGCAAAGGGAGGCGGCUGGAAUUCUGCUUGGAAGGGGCAGGGCUUAGCUUUGGCAAGUAGGACUGUGGACGUGGGGGAGGGGGCUGAAAUAAGAAUGUGCCAAGCUUCCAAGGAGCAAGAGGGGGCUUGGUGAAUGAGAGGUGGGUUGUCACUUGGGGUUGGACCUGCAGAAGUAGUGAAUUUGGGCUUCAGUUUGUAGAAACCCAGAGGUCUGGACCGCCAAAUGGCGAGUUUGUGGGACCCUCGCCCCCGGCAAAUGAAAACAACUAUAUCCCUACAAAGUGGAAAUCUCUCAAGGCAGCUGACAAACCAAAUUUAAAACACGGCUAUGAGUAAACGGCAAAUUAUCUUGGGAAAAGUAUGUUAAAAAACAAACCCCCAAACCUGAAGUGAUAUCCGUGGCACAGAAACCAAAACCACACUGGAGAACCAGACAAUAAUAAGGGGGUGGGCCAUAGGCCCAUUGAACCUAAGAGGUUGAACGGAGGUGUUGAAAUAGCAGCAGAAAGGGAGCCAUAUGUGCUCCACAAGAGAGGGAGUUCUCCAGUCUGGGUGCCACAACCCAGAAGGCCCUGCCCUGCAUACUUGCCAGUUCUGCGUUCCUCGGCCUCCGUCAGAGAUCUGACUGGGGGUAGGCAGAGGCAUGUGGGAGAAGAUGUUCUUUUAUUAGGACUGGGGUGGGAACCUUUUGCAAUCCAGGGGUCCCUUCUAAGCAACAUUCUGAGGGUCAUAUGCAGGGGCAGGACUAGAGACAAAAAGUUGGGGUGGGGGCAAGGAAUGUAAACCUUACCUUAGCACCCUAGGCUAAUUCCUACACGCACUCACACUCCCCUCCAGGCAAACGAGGCUUUGUCAGAAUUCCCAGCCAGGCAAUAAAAUAAAAUAAAACAAAUCACUCAGGGAAGGGUGCAAAGCAGGACCCACUGAGGGCCUGGCCUGGGAAGGAGGUGUGUGGCUGGAGAAGGAAUGUGGCCCAGGGAGAAUCCCAAGGAUCAGAGACCUGGAGGACUGGAUGUGGUCCCUGGCCCUGAGGUUCCUCAUCCCUGGGCUUGAGUACUUGCUGUUUUCUGCUGGACAGAACAAUGGUUUUGUUUCCGUGGCUGGUGGUGGUAGAGAGCAAAGCAAGAAAGAGGGGGUGGGCAAGGUUAGAAGCAGAGCAGGUGGGGCAGUGGGUGGGCCUUCCGCCGCCCCAUACCUGAUAAACCUCUUCCCUCUCAUCUUCCCUUCCUCUUCGCCAUCAGGUGCUGACAGCUGCCGGAAGCAGCCACCGCAUCGACGUCUUCACCAACUUUGGUUACCGGGCCUUUUCCCUCACCUUCUCUUAAGGCUCGGACGAUUCCGUUUCCAUAAACUGGUGCUGUUCAAGGAGUGCCUGGGCAGGACAGGCAGCCCCACUCGACAGGCUGCUACGUUCAGGGAUGCGUGAGCCACAGCUAGCUGGACUGUCAGUUGGGAAAAGGAGGCUCUUCACUAAGGAAAAAGAAACCCCUGGACCUGCUUGGGCAUGAACUUCAUGGGUUUUAAAGUUGUGGUAAAAAAUGAAAGGAAUUGGGAACUGUGUUUAUUGUAACUAGCAACCCCCAAUUCCACAGUCAGGAUAAACCUUACAUCACAGGCAAGAAGCUGUUAAAUCUAUUUCGAGUUAAAUGCAUUAAAACAAUUUUUUUAAGACUGAAAUAUGGAUGCCCUCGGAAUGUUUGUUGCUAUGUCUUCGUCCUGUCCUUCAUUUGAGGAAGCAUACAGAGUUCCCUUCUUCUCUCAAAAAUCUUGUGUAAGGUGGGUGAAUCCAAGAGGCGAUGGCUGACACAAUGUUCAGCUUUGUGGCAGAACUUGAACUUGGGUCUCUCCAGUCCAGCACUCAAGCCUGGGGACAGGGAUUCAAGGGCCCUCCAGCCAGGUGGACUACAACUCCCAUCAUCCCUGACCAUUGGCAGUGCUGGCCUGGAG